UUUCCCCUCACCGUUAACGCAAAUCAGGGGACGACCUCCACCAGUGCGACUAUCGACCACAGUGCGACUAUCGACCUGCGCACGUUAGCGUCGUCAUCGAGGAGAUGGAACCGGCGAAAUGGAUGACCCAUUCAUCUUCGUUUCUCCUCCCCCCGCCUCCUCAGUGCAACAGCGGCCCCGCGCUAACGUACGCACUCGUCGUCCUUAACCAGCGCCUCCCUCGAUUCGCCCCUCUUAUCUGGAAUCACGCAAGGUUGCGUCUUUGUGCUGAUGGCGGCGCGAAUCGGAUCUAUGACGAGAUGCCGGAGAUGUUCCCGGAUGAGGAUCCUGUUGAAGUUCGGUUGAGACACAAGCCAGAUGUAAUCAAAGGAGAUAUGGACUCAAUAAGAUCAGAAGUAAAGGAAUACUACAUCAAUUUGGGAGUCAACAUAGUGGAUGCCUCACAUGAUCAAGACACAACAGAUCUACACAAGUGCAUAUCAUAUAUUUGUGACUGUACACCGGACAUUGAGAAACCUAAUCUGUGCAUUCUUGUUGCUGGAGCACUUGGAGGAAGAUUUGAUCAUGAAGUUGGAAACCUCAAUGUUCUAUAUCGAUUCUCAAAUAUCAGAAUUAUUCUUCUAUCAGAUGACUCCUUGAUCCAUCUACUACCAAAAACCCAUCGUCACAAGAUCUGUAUACAGCCUUCGGUCGAAGGCCCAAACUGUGGACUUUUUCCUCUGGGUACACCAUCAUCGAGUACCACUACAACUGGACUGCAAUGGAAUCUGACUAACACGAGUAUGAGCUUUGGCGGUUUAAUUAGUACUUCAAACAUUGUUUGUGAUGAGAAAAUCACGGUUCAUUCGGAUUCUGAUCUUGUCUGGACGAUAUCCAUCAAAAAAGAGCAUAAGUGAUUUUCCCCUUUUUUCAUUUUUUACUCAUAGCCUGUAUCCUGUUAAUAUAACUUGAAGAACGAUACUUGUUAUUAUCAACUAUUGCAUUCUUAAUAUGUAAUUCAGUAUAGACAGUACGUAUUCCUGAUUAUUUUGUUUCAAGUACAAUGUAACGGCUGCUUGUAAAGGACUGUUGGUAUGAGAGCACUAGCAGCAUAUUUUCGAGGACGAUGACUUUGUUUUUUA